CUUACAGAGCCAUGCAUAAAGAUGAAAAAGAAUUCCAACAACAAAUUGGCUUCAGAAUGUUCUUAACUGAGUUUCAGCGCUGUUCAGAUGUUUAUAGUCCCGGCUUAUAAGUGAAAUCCUCCCACAAGCCACUGCUUUCUUCCUGUCCUGUUGCCUGGGUCGUCGAGCCAUGUGGCGCGCAAACAAGACAAGCAAAAUCGCCGCAGAUUCAAAACCCUGGACUUGAACAUGGAAAUCAUAUAAUGUGAUUAUAGUCUGCGUAUGAGCGGAAAGGCUAGACUCCUGGUAGCCAAUCUUUUCUCUCAGGGAUAGACGCGGGUGUUUAUCCAUGAACACGAACGCAAAAGGGUGGUAUGGACGAUUAGGGGUUGAGGCCAUGUCUCGUCCCAAUCCCUUCGCGUCUGAAAUGUCUCCCCCAACCUCAUUCCCAGGGCAUUUCCCUUUGAAAUUGAGAAAAGCCCUGGGAACGAGGUUGAUAAUGCCCGCCUCAUUUCGAGAAAGAAACAGACUGUCAGCAGUCUACGAAAAGGCCCGAACAGCCACCGUUAAACUUUUAUCGCGAGGGAAGACCAUCAAAAAGUCAAAGCCCAGAGGACUGAUGACAGAAUAUUGUCACUGACUUGAAAUCUAAAUAUAAUGUGCUAGUUUUGUUAAAAAUUACUGUUUAAGUGUACUGAAGCUAUCAAAGGCUAGGUAGGCAUGUACAAAGUUGUGAUGUUAAACUGACAAAGUCUGACAGACGUACGUUUCCAAAUUUUGUCGUCGUGCCUUAGAAAAAUUGCUCAAAACCAAUGAGAAUUUGCCCUCAAACAAUUAUAUGAAUUUCAUAGAUUCUUUUUCAAUUUACUCUCCUCUAGUCAACUUACUUGUAUUGUCUUCUUGGUGUCCUAGGAUUUAUUAUGUUUGAUGCACAAGCGAAGGUACUCAGAAAAACAGUUACUUUGUUCUAGGAUUUACAGUAAGCUGGCUAAAAGGCUGUCCAAGCUCAUUCUAGCUCUCAUCUAAAUCUGGGGGUCUAACUUUAAGAGUCUGAACGUCUGGCGCUCGCACUUUAAACACUUUGAAUUCUCGGUCUCACUAUCUAAAAGGUCAUAAUGUCUCGGGCUUGAAGAGUCGCAGAGAAAAACGCUUGUCUCGCUAAGUCUCGCAUUUACCAUUCGCCACCCCUACAUAUAGCGUGGGGAAUGUCACGUAUUUUUUAAAUGCGGAAUCCUUUUUUGGUUCAAAAAGCAGUUUUACUUAAUUUUCUUUUCAACAAAAAAGUUAAUAAUUAAAGUUCCGGUUUGCUACAGCUUGUUGUUCCAGCUUUGGUUAAAUAUCGACACUUUAAAAUAAAUGAAGACAACAAAAGAAUCCUUUUUUUUUUUUCGAUUUUAGCAGUUCUUUUGACAGCCAAAAAAAUAAAGAAUUUCAUAAGGCAGUAAGCUGUGAUACAAUAACUGCCCCGUUCCUAAAAGUUCCUCCGUGACUGGAGUGAGGUGCCCAUCAGAGUGGGUGCCCAUGGCGUUGUGAGCCUAUAUAUAGCACCCGAAAAUCAGAACGCAACCUAACCAUUAACCCGUAGAGCAAACGCUUCUGUAGUAAAGUGCUAACGAGUUAAGUCUGCUCGCGCGAAACGAAAUUUAAAGCAGUUUUACUAGGGGCGAGAGAAAAAAAAAGACGGAUACGGAGGUAGCUUUGUCGAUAAUUUUUGCUCUUGACCCAAUUUUCACGUGGCCGGAAUGCUGAGUGUUCGUACAAGAACGCUGGCUACUAACUAAUGUUUCCUACGCAAGCUACGUAAACAUCAAGCGCUGCGCUCCUAGUUUCAAGCUCUUCGUCGACAAAGCUCAACAGCGCAUAGAAACAAAUUUGAAUUUUGAAUUUCAAAUGACUUACAUCAAGAAUUGAAUCAGAAUUGAAUCAGAAUUGAAUCAGAAUUGAAUUGAAUCAGGCAAAGGCGUUUGCAUUCAGAAGUAAGCUCAAUGAUUCAUUUUGGAAUAUCAAACGUCACACACAAUGCAAACCAGCAAUAAGCGUAGAAAGCUAUUUAAAGGGUGUUACGAAUAUUUAUCAUGCAAAUUUGCGUAUAAAAAUAAAUGUCGCGCGAGGGCAAAGUCACAAGCCGCGAAUUAAAAUAUUGCUUGUCUUCAGUGGAGCUUUUCAUCACGCAAUUACAGAACCACCAGCAGCAGAUUAACAAUUAUGGCGGCCUUGCGGUUGGUAAUCGAAGUAAUAAAAAGACAAUUUCCCAAAGUUCCAGUUAUGACAACCAAUGAACUGCAUCAGUUGAUGAGAACUACAACACAGGCACGACGAAAGCUUGUCUUGUUGGACACGCGUGAAGAAAAAGAGUUCAAAGUGAGUCAUUUGGCUAAAGCAAUACUUCUUAACCCUAAGGAGACUAACAUGUCACGAGUCAUAGACAUGAUACAUCAGAAAGUUGGGCCUCCACAUGAACCAAAAUCAGUAGUGUGCUAUUGUGCUGUUGGUUAUCGAGCAAGCAUCAUGGCUAACCGGUUGAUAGAAGAGCUUCAGAAACCUGAAAAUGAGGAAUUGAAGUCACGAAUGGAUGUUUACAAUCUAGAGGGAUCUAUUUUUAAAUGGGCCAAUGAAAGGAAGGAUCUGGUUGAGCCAAGUGGUCAAAGUACAACACUGGUAUAUACAGUCAGCCCCUUUUGGGGAUUGCUGGUGCAUAAAGAAAUGCGUGUACAUGCUGAUUAAACAUCUUUCAACUUCUUUGAGGAGACAUGCCAAAGAAAGUGAUCCAAGUUCAAUUUUGCUUCAGUGAUAAGGACGACCCAUGAGAAAAAUAUGUUGUUUAGCUAGACACAAGAUGAUAGAGUAGGACUGAGCCUGUAUGAACCUGUCCUGGGGAUUUGGGCGGGGGG